AUGGGUGAAUCGUCUGCACAAGUUGCGGAAGGACCACAGCCGAAACCUUCACGGUUCCAGUUCGUCCCGGUGCCUGGAGAGUUCACUAGAGGACGAUGGAAGUGCCGCGAUUCGUAUCAUCCAAAUGCCGAAACUCUCGAGUUUGAAAAGAACAAGACAAAAGAAGAGGCGAAUCCUGAAAAAAUCUCUGUGUUCUUCAAAUUGAGACAGCCUGAAGAAGAAGAGAGCACGAUUCAAGUAACUUCUGUCGAAAACAAAGAACCUGAUAAUGGAGAUGAAGUGUCGAACUCAUCAGAAAGUAUCAUAAUUACUCGGAAGAAUGGAGUGACGAUAGUUCGAAAAACUUCAAACUCUCUUCUUCCGGAGAAGUAUGAUCAAAUAAGAGAGUUAUCAAUCGACGAUUUCGAAAAUAAACCUGACGAAAAAGCUCAACAAGUGCCACCGACUCCUAUGAAUACACCACCAGCGAGUAUGGCAGUUCUUGAUACAGGGAUUCAAGCAAUUGUGGACAGUUCACUCUCACCGCAUUCUAGUCGUAAACCUUCCAACGAAGAUAAAACUGACAUGCAAAAACUUGCUGACUCAUCCAUCACAUCCAUUACAUCUUCGUCCUCACUCCCAUUGGAAACAUCAAAACCUACUCGACACUUCCAAGUUGAACCAGUCGUUCUCAGUGAGCCAAGCACUCCUGCUCCAGUUGCUCCAGCCCCAUCUAUCGAAACUCUUGCACCGUCUCCUACUGUUCAUUCUGAGAACCAUCCUCUCAAUGAACCAACGUUUCAAGUUAUUCAAACCGAAGAGAGCAAGAACAUGUCUAUGGACUCGGUGAAGAAUGUGAUUGACGCUGCACUUAUGCCGCCUCAAACAGACCGUCUCAACCUUGUUGAUGAGGUGGAGACCCCCACCAACGUAAUGAUAACGGUUUCGGCCGCAUUGGAGAAAAAGGAGACAGCAGUAGCAGGAAGCGUUGGAAGUCUUGAUGCAUGUGGAAUUCCAAUUGCUUGCCCUCCAAUCAGUGCACCGCAUUCAACCCCUUACGGAACUCCCAAGGAAACUCAAAAUAUACCCAUUUUCGAAGAAGUUUUUUCCACGAAUGUAACUUCAACACCUCCUACAAUUAUCACGACCACAACUGCCCCAACUACUGCCCCUGCAUCUUCCCCUGUAUCUUCUUCUGUUCCUGCAUCUGCUUCUUCAUCCAGUGUUACUCUUCCUUCUGUAACAACAACUGCUACAGUUAAUACUUCUGCACUGACGACUCCAUCCGCAAUAGACUCACAUACUCCAAUUGACAAUAAAAUUGAACAAGCUAUGGAAUUGGUGAAGACUCAUUUGACGUAUGCGGUUCGAGAAGAAGUUGACACAUUGAGAAAUACGAUUGCUGAGUUGGAAUAUCAGAUGCGAGAGUUUCAAUACGAAUGCAACUACUACCGGCAAAACUGUUCUCCUGAAGUUGUUGAUCAAGCAUCUGCAUUUGUUCACCAGCAGAUGUCGGCUCAUCAACGCCCGACAAGAAAAGCAGUUAGCUCAACCAAUGUGAUCUUCGAUGGUAUAUCAGCUCAGAACGCAUCUGCGUCUGCAUCUGCAUCGUCAGCUCAUAUGCGGAACUUGCAGAAUCAAAUUCAGCAAAUGAAACAGAUCGCUCCUAUUACAACCAAUAUAUCCACCAACACCGCCACCUACAAUUCGACUCCCUCCGCCACUGUUCCCCCCAAGCCCUCUCCCACCACCUCCGAGUCCUCAUUGAAUAAUGCGACUGGAAACACGCCUGGAGCACCACCCACCAGCAACUAA